CCCCGCGAGCCGUUCUCAUUUCCUUAUAGGUGGCGCCCACUGAACGCGCUCACCUUUCCCGGGGGCGGGGAUGGAGAGGAUUGUGGAGGAGUCUCACGUGAGGGAAGUUUGCGAACUUUAGGACCACACAAAGUAAGAAAUGGGCAUAAAGAGGGGACUGGACCUCACUCAUAAUCCAUACCUGCAAGGCAGGACGGACCUGGGCCUGAGGCCUCACAGAGCCUGACCUGCGCUGGGAAGAACACACAGUUGUCCCACCCAGGCUGCCCAAGCCCCGCUGACAAUGGCUGAGAGGGAGAAGGAAGAUGCUGAGGAAGCCUGGCUGCAGCUGCGGCCUGUGGAGCCCUUGCCGUCCCAGUGCUGCGGCAGCGGCUGCUCACCUUGCGUGUUUGACCUCUAUCACCGAGACCUGGCAAGGUGGGAGGCAGCCCACGCCAGCAACGACAGGAGCCUGCUGAGCGGGAAGCAGCCACAGAGCUGCCCCUCCAAGCUGAACCCGGAGAACUUCUUGGCCUUCCGCAUCAGUGCUUUGGACAAAGUCACCAAUGACACCUACCAUGUCCGGUUUGCUCUGCCUGGGAACAGCCAGCUUGGCCUGCGGCCCGGGCAGCACCUCAUCCUACGGGGGACAGUGGAAGACUUAGAAAUUCAGAGAGCCUAUACUCCCAUCAGCCCUCCCAGUGCAGAAGGAUACUUUGAAGUUCUGAUUAAGUGCUACAAGACAGGGCUGAUGUCCCAGUAUGUCGAGUCCUGGAGAGCUGGAGACACAGCUUUCUGGAGAGGACCUUUCGGAGACUUCUUCUAUAAACCAAACCAGUAUGGUGAGCUCCUCAUGCUGGCUGCGGGCACGGGCCUGGCGCCCAUGGUGCCCAUCCUGCAGAGCAUCACAGACAAUGCAGAGGACGAGACCUUCGUCACCCUCGUUUGCUGCUUCAAGACCUUUGACAGCAUCUACCUGAAAACAUUUCUGCAGGAGCAGGCCCGUUUUUGGAACGUCCGCAUCUUCUUCAUACUUAGCCAGGAGAACUCUCUAGAACAGCUUCCCUGGAGUUACCAAGAGAAGACCCGCUUUGGCCGCCUGGGCCUGGGCCUGAUAAAAGAACUGGUUGGCUGCUGUCGGAGAAAGCCAUUUGCAUUGGUCUGCGGCUCGCCCGAGUUUACCAAAGACAUGGCCAAGUGCUUGCUGUGUGCAGGCCUGGCCAAGGACUCCUGCUUCUUCUUUUAGCCCUGGCCUCCCUUCCAGGAGCCCUGCGCAAGGGUCUGGUACAGGGCCACAGGAAGGACCUCAGACUAGAGUCAAGGGUCCAGGCCUGGCCCGCUGAAAACUCGCUGGGUGACGUUGGGCAAGUGUCCUCACCUCUUGGAAUUUCCACAGGGCCAAGUGCCCCGUGAGGUUGGUCAUCCUCUCCUAGCAUCCAGUCUGCCAGGGAGACAGAAGGGAGCAUGUGACCUGGGAGGCGGAGGACUCCUCUGAGGAAGCCGAGGGCCAGCUGAGCCCAGCGGGCAAGGGCCAAGAGGAGCUCGUCUGGCCCCUCUGAUCAGAGGUGUUCGGGGCUCCAGCUGUGUGCUCAGCUCUGGCUCAGAUUAAGUGCUCCCAGGUGUUUAGGCAGCAACACCAGGAGAGGCCGGCGCUCUUCGGAGAACAGUCACAUCCAGAGCUUCAGGGCCAUGAACCCGACAUGCUGAAGGCCUUGCAUUCUGUGACUUUGUUGUGUUCCCAGAGCACGGUGUUACCCUAGAUUACCCUGUGCUGGCCCCAGCCUUUCCCAGCUUUGUGCUCAGUCUCCUUCCCUGCCUCAGGAGCCCCAGCCCAGAAGCCGUUCCCAGCGAUAGAAGAGGCCAGUGCCCCUCCCUUGUCUGGCAGGCAGCUGGCUCAGCCUGAGCCUUCAGCUCAGUGCCCGGGAGACAGUUGCUAUGGAGAUCUAAAGAUAGAGCAGGAGUCAGAGACCUGGGCUCCUCUCUCUGCUCUGCCCACUGAGUGACUGCCGAUCAGGUCCACCUCGCCCUCACUGCCCACCCAGUCCCUGGGCAGCAGUUAGAGAGUUCAGUUUGCCGCAGCCUGGGCUCCAGUGUGCUGUCCUAGCACAGGGAUGGCCAUGAGCCAUCCCAGACCUGGAAAAAACAGCAACAGAGGCUUAGAAUCAGGGAACCGUAGGACCUACGAGUUAGGCUGUGUAUGGUCCCAGGACUGCAGUCCUCAUAUCAAAGCUGGAAGUUCAGGAUGCCUGGAAGCAUCCAGCCUAACAGCUUGGCCAUGUAAAUGGGAAGACUGAGGCCCAGCAAAGCUAAACGACUUGCUGAGGUGAAACAGCGUGGAGUGCCGCCAAGCCCCCUUACUUCAGUGUCGUACCCCUGCACUGCUGUUUUUUAUACCGAGCUCCAUAGGGCACUAGGGCCCUUGGCACAUAUGGCAGCAGAAUUGAUGGCCAGGGGUCCCCAGGCCCUACUUAGCUAGAGCAGCUCUGUUUUUAUCCAGUGUAUGUGUUGGGGCUUGAAGUAGUUUCUGUUUGUCAGGAUUUUCCUGUCCUGCCCAAAAGUUACAUCGAGUUGGGCACUCACAGUCAUGAGAAGCAGCUGGGGUGGUGCAGAGGUCUCAAAUUGUUUACAAGAGAGAUUCCUUGUCAGCGAGGUGUGGGAGCUAAGGGCUGUGCCCUCUAAGAAUCACACACAUGAACAUACUAAAAUUCAGAAAGACCAGCAGCCAAGAAACUUCUCAUUUGUUUAACCCAAAGGUUUUCAAGCUGCUUCUUGUGGCUCAGUGGUCAGUGUCCUGUGGGUCUCAAAGGCUCUUUGCAGCAUGAUGAGUAGGAAAGGCUCUGAGUCAGCGCUCUGAGCAGGGACUGUGAUCUCCUGCCAGGCCUCGUCCUCCCCUUCUCCCGUCCCUCCACCAGUGUGUCCAUUGAUUGUGCUCAUGCACCUGGGCACCUGUCAUGAGCUGACAUGGAAGCAUCAGCAAGUGAGACACACACAGCCUUUCCGUGGGAAGCUUCAGCCAGGGAAAAGGCAGGCAUUAGAUGUGCAAGCUAGGAGAGGGAGGCCCAGGGACACAGCAUGGCCACUGGGAAGUGAGGUUUCAAAAGCAGUAUUCACACUCAUCACUAGGAGUGUAAGUGGUGCAUAAAGAAUGGAGGGUCAGACACUUCUUACAUGGGCCUUUGUUCCACUUUUUGAUAUUUGAUGUUCAGAGAGCAGAAAAGAUCAGCCCUUUCUUGUCCUCUCAUGGGUUCACCCUCCUAUCCUCUCCCCCCAUGUAGGGUUUAUGUAGUCUGCCUGUGGGUGUGAUCCCUUAUCCUGGGACAUUGGUGAGGGCCCUGGCAGGUGGUCCUUGUCACCUGGACAUUUGAGCUCUAGUGACUUGAGUGUUGUCUUGGUUACUUUUCUCUCAUUGCUGAGACAAAAUACCCAACACCCAAAGUUAAGGAAGGAAAGGUUUAUUUAGCUCAUAGUUUGUGGAGGUUUCAGUCCAUAAUCAGGUGGCUCCAAGGCAAAAUGGCACAUGACAGAGGGCAACAGCUCAUGGUGGCAAAAACAGCACAAGCAGCAAGAGCAAAAAGGAGGAGCAUGAGAAAAGACGCCGUCCCUUAUGUAAAGGCACACCCAGUUGGGUGUUGCUCUCACACCCAUCAUCCCAGCAUUGGGCCAUGAGUCAUUACAAACUAGAAGCCCACCCCCAUAACCGCAUGAGGCUCUGGGGGGACAUCCAGACACAAACCAUAACAGGGAAGCGAGCCCUCUAGAAGAAGAGCGGUUAGCAUGUGCAAGCACAGGCCUCUUGGGACCGGGGCAAGUUCUCCUCACCUCCUGUUCCUCACUUCUCUCCUGACACAGCCCCCAUGCAGGAGGUGUGCUGCUGAUGGCUGAUGGGUGCUGUGUGAUGCUGUGGGAAUGGGGCAGACUUUGGGCUUGUCCCAAAGACAGAAGGAGUUCAAAAUGUCCAUGGAUCUGCAGCAGUCCCAGGCUUCCAAUGACAGCACCUAGCAAAGGGGCUAGGGGACAGAUCUGGGUAACCAAAGCCAUGCCCACCUCAGUUCAGCCCGCAACACCUCACCGUCACCUUCACUGGUCUCCCAGCCCAUCUCUUCCCUUUGUGCCCUCCUCUACACUGACCAGGCUGACCUUUACAGGUGGCAGAGCACCUGUCAUCUAUACUGAAGUACAGAAUCUUCACAGAUAUUUGUGCCAUUUUGGUUUUUGUGUUUGUUUUUUGAGACAGGUUCUUGCUAGGCAGUUCAGGCUUGCCUUGAAUUCAGCAUGUAGCCCAGGCUGGCCUCGAACUCAUGGUGCUCCUCUCCUGCCUCAGCCUCCCCAGUGCUGGGAUUAUAGGUGUGUACCACCACCUCUGGCGUUUGUGCCAUUUUAUUGCCCAGAUUUGUAGAUGAAGAAACUAAGCUUUUAAGACAUGAAGCAAUGAGCCAUGGUCAUGUAGAAGGACACAAAUUCUAACAUUGUAAAGGUCAUAUGUAACACAUGAGUGUCCCUGGAGAUACAUAUAAAAAUUUGUGCAUUACUGUGCUGUUUGAAAUAGCAAAAACUAAAACCUAGGCCGGGGAUAUAGCUCAGCAGCACAGCACCUGCCUGGUAAUUGCAAGGUCAUGAGUUUUGACUCCUGGUACCAAAAACACCGAACUAAAACCUAUCAAUAUAUCUAUGAAAAAUUACUUUUUUUUGGUACCAGGAUUGAACUUCUGACCUCACGCUUGCCAAGCAGAUGUUCGUACUGCUGAGCUUUAUCCCUGGCAUGACUUUUGUUUUUAUGUUGCUAAGGAUGGAAUCCAGGGGUUUAUGCAUGCUAGGCACAUGCUGUAUCACUGAGCUACAUGCCCAGCUAUAUAUACUCAUUAAAAACAGAAACAUUUCCUUGUGUAUAUGUGUCUGCAUGUGUGUAUGCAAGUGUGCACACGUGUGGCGUGCUACUUAUUUACCCUGGAGCCUCAUGUGUGUGAAGCAUGCUUUACCACUGAGCUACCCCACCCUGACCCCAACAAACAGGUACUCAGACAGGAGCUAAAAUGAGUGAACUGGGUCUCCCUGUGCCAACAUGGGCUAUGUGGUACCAGCAUCCUAAAGUCCCUCAUAAGUACUGUUGUAGCUUGGCAUAACUGAUGCCAUCAUGUGCCCUGUAUUUGACCCAGAAGAGUGAAAAAUUACUCAGUAUAAGUCCCAUGAGAAAGGCAGAAUGAGCUGCAUCCACAAGAAAAAAUUAACCUGCUCAACAAAGAAGCAGGGUGCAGGUAUCAACCAAAAUUAAUUUAAGAUUCUAGCUAAAUUGUUUCCAUCAGGAUGUCUUGCUUUGUGGUUUUCUGCUUUAAAUGCCCUGUAACCCUUCAGUUUGGGGCCACUUGGUUUGACUCUGAAACGGGUCUAUGUGAGUGGUUGCUAGGCUCAGCUAAUAAAAUCCCAAAAUUUA